AUGCAGCUCACCUUCUCCUCUCCGGCAGAGUACCCCUCGGGGAAAAGCGGCACUCGCAAGUUCAACAAUGACCUCCGCUCGUGGUAUACCCGCACUUGCGACGGAGUAGACACUGCCGCCGAGACCGACAGGCUGGUGAAGCUCAUGGAAGAAGACAAAAAGUUCUUCCUCCUUGCAAGGCUCAUAGUUCCAGAGCUUCGCUGGACUUCUGAUGAUCCGACGCCUCCCAACCCCAACUUGAACGAAUUUCUCGAUCGUGUCAAGCACCUUCAACCUCAGACCUCCACUUCCACGCAUGUGCUUGGUCUGCCCAGACCCGAUCGAGCCAUGGCAAUCCAUCGAACUGGGGAGCUUCUGGAGCGUCUGCGCAAGAUCGAGCCUAUGACCUCCAAGGACCUUGCGGCUACGGAAGAAUACCGCGAGGCACUGAAGAAGUAUUCGGGUUUCACGAAGGAAGUCGAGGACAUCUUCAACCGCGCAUAUGCUGCCGACUCCUUCCAAGGACCUUUGCCUCACCCUACGUUGGCCCAAGUCGACCAGGACUUAGAACACAUGCGCAAAAACUCGGAAUCCAGUGCGUCUAGACAGCAGAACAACCACGGGGUGGUGGAAUCGAUGGAAAAAGCUCAAAAGCCCAUUUCACCGCCCGAGGCCGUCACAGGAAAGCCUGAGAACUCGCUACAUGGCAACUAG